AUGUCAAAUGAUAUUGAUCAAACAAUAAAUGAAAAAGAUGAUGAUGAUGAUGAACAACAAUCUGUUAAAACAAAAAUAAUUAAAUGUAAAACAAAUAAUCAACAAGCUCAAACACCUUCAUAUAAUAUUUUAACACCCAAUGGUUCAUCAUCAUCAUCAUCAACAGCAAUACGUUCAAUUGAUGCACCAACUGAACAUACAUCUAUUAAAUUACAUAUUCGACGUGUUUGUUCACCAUCAUCAAAUGAUACUGUAUCAAUACCUCCUACAACAAAUCUUCUAUCUCAACAAUCAAAUGACUCAAACGAACAACAACAACAACAACAAUCAACAACGAAAAUAAUAUCUAGAAAAUUUUUCAAUUCAAAUGAAGUAACAAAUAAUAAUAAAAUAUCUCGUCGUCCAAUAUCUACAAGACGUACAUCAUUAAUUGAAAUUGAUUCUUCAUCUAUAUAUGAUCUUCCAAAAACACUUAUUAAUAAUCAUAUGAGUGUAUCCGAUGAAAAUAUAUUAAAAAAACCAACAAAAACAUAUGGAAAUAAACGAAAAGUACUUAAUGAACAACAAGAAAAAAAACGAACGAAAUUAACUUCACGAACAGUUAAACAACAAACAAAUAAUAAUAAUAAUAAUAAUAAAACUUCAGCUCCUCUUGUACAAACUCGUUCAUCAAGUCGUCUAAAACAAAAAUAUAAUCCUAUAAAUGAUCAUUCACAAGAUUCACCCAUUGAUAAACGUUCAAGUACAACCAAACGUCAUUUAAGUACGGAAUUAAUCACAGCACAAACAUCUGAUCAUUCAACAACAACCACCGAUGAUAUAUCACCUAGUGAAUAUAAAUAUCUUUAUACAUCUCCUCUACCAAAACAAUAUACAACAAAUGAAUGUCAAACAACAGAUGAUAUUAUUGAAAUAUGUCAUCAAUCAAUUCAAACAAAUCGUUUAAUUAAAUCAGAUAAAUCUACUUAUACAGAUUUUAUUGAUCAACCAUUAUGUGAAAAUAGUACUCAAACAAUUCGUAAAGAAGAACAAGAAACUCAAACAACAGAUCUUAAUUGUCCUAAUGAUUCUCAAGUAUAUCUUCAUGAUUUAAAAACUACAUAUACACAAUGUGAUAGGAUAUCUGAUACGUGUUCAUCAUCACCAUCACCUAUAUCUUCACCAGUACAUUUAUAUGAUCAACAACAAAGACUUUCAUCUCCAUAUAUUGAUUUUUCAUUAACAAAUAGUAAUAAUGAUCGUUUACAUAUAUUUCAAAAUUUAAUACAUACAGAAGAACAUCCAAAUGGUGGUGCAAGUUUAAUACGAACAUAUUAUAAUGAAUUUUUACAUUUAUCAAAUGAAAAUGCAAAUUUAUUUGUUAAUUAUUUUUUUAAUCUUGUCUAUGGUGAAAUCAAUCAACGUGCAAAAUAUUCUAUUGGAGUAUUACAUGAUGGAGCAAGAUAUUUACCUGAUUUAGUUGAUUAUUUUAGUUUAUCAUAUCCAAAAAUGAUUGUUAAAACAUCGAAUAUAAUUAAUUCAAAAGAAGUAUUAACAACUACAAUGGGAGAAUAUAGAAAUCGUCUUGUACAAACAUAUUCAAAUGGAACAUUUCGUUAUGGACCAUUAAUGAGUAUUUCAUUAGUUGGAAAAGUUACGGGAAAAGAAGAAUGUGGAGAUUAUUUUCCAACAUUUAUUGAUAAAUUAGAAGAAAAUCCAUUUUUACAAUGUGUGAUGCCAUGGGGACCAUUUUCAUCGAUAAAAAUGAAAUCACGAACAGAUUCAAAUGAUGGACCCAUUUUAUGGGUUAGACCAGGUGAACAAUAUGUUCCAACAGCUGAACAUAAAAGUUGUCAUCCAAAAAAACGUAUGGCAAAUGAAUUAAGAAAUUUAACAUUUACUGGUCGAGGAACUGAUCCAAGAGAAGUAUUAGUUGAAGAUAGAACUAAACCACAUAGUGAUCAUUGUGAUGGUGAUGGAGUUGAAACAACAGCAGCUGUUGGUAUUUUAAAAGCUGUACAUUGUAGUGCACCAGCAUCGAUUAAUCGAAUGGUUAAAGAUGUGGUUUGUUUUCAUGCAGAAGAUUUUGAAAAAGUUGUAGAAAGAUUAAAAAUUGAUUUAUAUGAACCACCGGCAUCACAAUGUCUACAAUGGUGUGACGAAGGUAAACUAAAUCAAUUACGACGUGAUGGUAUUCGUUAUGUUCGUUUAUCAUUAUACGAUAAUGAUAUCUACUUUAUUCCACGUAAUGUUGUUCAUCAAUUUCGUACAUUAUCAGCCGUUACAUCAAUAGCAUGGCAUGUUCGAUUGAAACAUUAUUAUCCGACUGAAUUACCUGACGACGAAUACACUCCUCUCUAUAGUCCAAUAUCUGAUACAUAG